AUGGAGACACACAUUGAUGAUGAAAUGGAGAUGAAGAUUCUAGAGAUCACCUUGAUCUCGGCGCAAGGUUUGAAGAUUCCGCCGUCUGCUAUGAUGCGCCGUAUGUACACCUACGCACUCGCAUGGGUAGAUCCAAACGCCAAGCUCCGCAGCCAUCUCGAUCGCAUCGGUGGUGAAAACCCUACCUGGAACGAAAAGUUCAUUUUCCGUGUCUCUCGUGAUUUCAUCAACGGCGACACCUCCGCCGUCCAAUUCCAGAUUUACGCCGCCGGUUACAUAAGCGACUAUUUUAUCGGCACGGUACGUUACCUCUUAAGCAGUAGUCCUAUCUCGUCAAGAUACGGCUCCAUUAUCGGAAUUCCAAGUUUCUCCGCCCUCCACAUCCGUCGUCCGUCCGGUAGAAUCCACGGCGUCCUUAAUAUCGCCGCAACGGUCUACGAUAGUUCACAUUUCGCGUCAUUGACCGGAAUUUCCGCCGUCUGUUUUCGUGAUCUGAUCGGAAAAACUAACAAAAACGAUGAUCUGUUCUGUGAACGGCGACUCUCACGGUGUCUCAGCCAUGUCGGAUCUAAAAAGAGCGAGCAAUCAUCUGAAGCAGAAUCUUUUGAUUUAUCGUUUGAAGAAUCGGUUGAUUUCUCCGACGGAACAGAUUCCACAACGUCGUCAUCGUCCGUAACGGCGUUUAAGGACAGCAAUGGCAUCCGAUCAAAUCUUCAGGUGGCGGGAAAAAAAGAUUGGAAAUCGGACGGUGGUGGUUUGUUGUGUGGUUUGACUUUGCAAAGAAGAUCCAGUCCGUCGGAUCAGAAUCUUCCUUGUAGGAAAGAUUAG